CUUCCAACUUCAAGCUCAUCCACAAAUGGAGAAGAGAAAAAAAGGAUCUUCUUUGGAACUGAGGCUGAUGGUGGUCGGCAGCAGUGGACCAUCUCAGUUCCAGCUCGCCAAUGCAGUCCUCGGAAGGGAGGAGUUUUCCAAGGAUAUUUCCAGUAUUUCCGGCAGCAGGAAGAUUUUGGGUGAGCUGGCCGGAAGACGAGUGGCCGUGAUCAACGCCCCCAACAUCUACGAUAAGGAUAUAUCUCGAGCCAAGAGGAAGAUGGAGGUGAGGCGGUCCAAGUGUUUGUCCGUCCCUGGCCCGCAUGUUUUCCUGGUGGCCUUUGACAUGGACAAAAUCUCCCCUAACGACAUCAGGACCCCUCAGCUGAUGAUGAGGCGUUUCGGAAGACGCUGUUUGAGACACUGUAUCGUGAUGCUGGCCUACAAUGGAAACCCGGAGGGAGCCUCCUUGGAGGGCUUGGUGCAGAACACCGACUGGCCCUUGAGGCAUUUAAUUGAGGACUUUGGCGGCCGCUUUUACAUUUUCAACAAGAACUGGAGGGAGCGCAGCCACGAGCGUGAGAUGCUGCAGAAGAUAGAAUACAUGGUGGCCUCUUUGGGCGGGGCCUGCUUCUCGAGUAGGACUUUCCAGAAGGCAGAGCGCAGCGUGAAGAAGGAGGAAAAGAGGCUCAUGAAGAAGAUGACCGCAGAUAACGAGAAGGUGUGGAGCGAGCUGGAGAAGAAGUACUUGUCAGACGAGCUGUACCGUCAGAAAGACGCCCACACGGCCAGUGUCAGCGCCAAGAUCAGGGCCAAGGCGGAAGUAGACAACUGCUGGCUGAGAACAUCCCUGGCCAGAGGGGUGGGGACGGGCGUCGUGGUGGGGGCGGUCAUGGGGGCGCUGGUCGGCUCCAUAGAGGGACCGGGAGGGAUGGUUCUUUACGGCGUCAUUGGCGGUGCAGUGGGUGGGUCGGCAGGGGGUGCAGCUCAAGUGGCCAUUAAGCACAUGGAGGACAGAGUGGCCCCUCCCGCCAGACUCAAUUUCAAUUCCAUCUUCAUUAAUCGCUUCUUUGCAACGACUCGGCCAUGACAACUGGUUCACAACAUUAGGUACACCUGCUCAAUCUAAAGAGCUGUAUUACUAUACAGCAGGGGUCUCAAACUCAAUUUACCUGGGGGCCACUGGAGCUAGGGUCUGGGUGAGGCUGGGCCGCAUCAGGUUAAAUAAAUAAAUAAAUGAAUAAAUAAAAAAAAAAAAAAAAAAUAUAUAUAUAUAUAUAU